AUGGCCCGCUCAACAACCCUCCUCCUCCUCACUAUCUUGCUCCUGACAACCUUCCUCCCAAUCCUCAACCACCACAUCCACGUCUUGGCCGUACCCGUCCCCAUCCCUGUGCCCAUCAUCCCCACCACCACCGACGAGCCAGCCCUAGCAGUUGAGCACCCCAACCCAUCAACCAUCGAGAGGCGGCAACUCCUAGGAGGUCUUCUGGGAGGACUCCCCAGCUUCAGGAACGAGGGUGGGAACGCUGUCCAGGGGGGUGGUAGUGAGCAGCCGGUGACGGGUGGUGUUGUCCCUGGCUGGAAUAAUGUCAACAUUGGUGGCCGUUGA